AUGAAGACUUGGCUUCUGCCCGUGUUCUCUCUUUUUUCCCUUUUCACUGCGCGCGCAGCGGUUAUUGUCCCUGGUGCCACAUGGACUGAUACUUCUGGAGCGGUCAUACAGGCGCACGGAGGCGGAUUUUUGAAAGUCGGAUCUACAUACUACUGGUUUGGAGAGGACAAGUCUCACAACAGUGCUUUGUUCAAAGCAGUGUCAUGCUACACGUCUAGUGAUCUUAUGACGUGGUCCCGUCAAAAUGAUGCUCUUUCUCCCAUAUCCGGUACGGAUAUAUCGACUUCGAAUAUAGUUGAACGUCCAAAAGUCAUCUAUAAUGCCCAGAACUCCGAAUAUGUUAUGUGGUUCCACUCUGAUUCGUCUAAUUACGGCGCCGCCAUGGUCGGCGUCGCAACCGCUACCACACCGUGUGGCCCUUAUACGUACAGAUCAAGCUGGAAACCGCUCGGAGCCGAUUCUAGGGACAUGGGACUGUUCGUCGACGAUAAUUCGACUGCCUAUCUGCUAUAUGCAUCGGAUAACAAUCAGAAUUUCAAGAUCUCCCGGUUGACUACCGAUUAUCACAAUGUGUCUGCACAAGUUAGCGUCCUUUCUGGUUCUACUCUGGAGUCUCCUGGUAUCAUCAAGCGCAACGGAGUAUAUUAUCUUUUUGCCUCUCACACGUCUGGAUGGGCUCCCAACCCGAACAAAUAUUUUUCUGCAACGUCAUUGUCAGGGCCAUGGUCAUCCCAGGCUGAUAUAGCACCUCAAGCUGUUCGAACAUACUUUUCACAGAACGCGUAUGACUUUCCUUUGGGAUCGGAUGCGAUAUACAUGGGCGACCGAUGGAGGCCAUCCUUGCUUGGAAGCAGUCGUUAUAUGUGGUUCCCAUUAUCGUGGUCGUCUGGAUCUCCACAAAUAGUCGCUGCGGACGUUUGGAGUGUGAAUCUUGCUGCAGGAACUUACACUGUAGCUACUGGCACAACUUACGAGGCUGAAGCCGGAACUAGAAGUGGAGCUGCCACACUAAUUAGUGAUUCAGCUUUUUCUGCGGGUGGUGGAGUGGGGUGGCUGGGUAAUGGUGGGACGGUCACUAUCAACAAUGUCCAGGGAACCGGCUCUCCUCAAUGGAUCUCUUUGUAUUAUGCCAAUGGCGAUAGUUCGUGGCGCAAUGUUACUGUCAGUGUUAAUGGCGGCACGGGCGUUUAUGUGGAUCAGCCAGAUACAGGCGGCGGACAUGUCAUUUUGUCUGUCCCCGUCCAACUCACCCUCCGAAGUGGUGUGAAUUCGUUGACCUUUGGUUCUGGUCAAAUCAACUAUGCAGGAGACUUGGAUAAGAUUAUUGUGUAUACAGCAACGUAGUUUUUUGGUAGCUUCGGUUUUGUUUUAGCACAACAACGUUUUACGUUAUCAUUACAGAGGUGAAUAACAUUAUGAAUUGGGGUACGACAGGCCUUAAACUAUCUACGGUAAAUAAGUCAUAUUUUGUCUAUAUACGUCUAGGGUGAAUAUGUGCGACGGAAGGAUAGUAUGAAUUACGCGUGUUAUGCUUUCCGUACAAGCCAAGGAGUGUGUUAUGAUGCAAGCGUGCUCCAUCCUUUUUUCAGUUG